AUGCAUCAAAGUUACUCCAAGACAUUGCCUGCCACAGCCCUUGUUCAUCGGCCGCUAAGCAAGCCGACAAUGCAGCCCACCUCCAACUCGGCACUCGGCCGUCAGCACCGGCGACCACAUCGCAAGUCCCGAAAUGGCUGUCUCAACUGUAAGAAGCGCAAAGUAAAGUGCGACGAGACAAAGCCCAUGUGCUUCAACUGCAUGCGCUUCAACGUCCCCUGUAGCUUCGACCCUCACUCUCCUCCCACCUACGGCCCAAUACCAAAGGCCCUGUCCGACGAGCUAGAGGCAAGCCAGAAGAUUUCGCCUCAUCGAGGCCCGGGCCGUCCGCGCAAAGACUGGGCUGCCCUCGGCAAUGCUCUCAGAGAGGCAACAGCCCCGGGAUCACCAACUUCAAACGCUUCAACCACUUCCUCGGCUUCCCCUCCGGCCGACUCGGAAGCCUGCUCGCUGAACAUUGUCGAUGCUGAUUUGAUGCUGCACUUUGUUCAUCACACCGCGGGCACGCUCUCCAAGCCCAAUGACAGCAUAGGCCUCUUCUGGAGGAAUAAUGUCCCCAGAAUAGGCUUUUCUCACCACUUCGUGCUGCAUCUCAUCUAUGCCCUUUCUGGGUUCCACCUCGCCUAUUUGGAGCCAGCCGGGUCCGAUACUCGGGCUCGACAUCGCUCAAUAGCUACCCAGCACUCAGAAGUAGGCCUCAAAAAGCUCAACGAGACGCUCUCAAACAUCACAGAGGAAAACUGUGGCGCCCUUUACGUUGCAGCAACGCUUGUAUCAUACUGUGCCUUUGCUGCCGGUCCGACAUCGCCCAAGGAUCUGCUAGUCUGCAAGGUUGGAGACGAAACCACGCUUCACCAACUACCAUUGAUACACGGCGUGCGGUUGAUUAGACAGACUGUAGACCCUGCCACGCUCUUCUCGGGACUCUUGGAACCUCUCGCAGAGUCCGGGCCAGACGAAGAGGUCGAGAGCUCUGCGCAUCCGCACAUGGACUGGGUCGAACCCUUUGCCAGGUUGCGAGAGUGGCUGACGACCAACGCGAGUAUCAACAUGACCAUCUACGAUCACGCUCUCUCAUCUCUUUCUUCCAUAUACGAGGCCAACUACGGCAGCGAAAAGGGUGUGUGCAAAACCCCUUCAGCCAACCAGCUCAUACUUGGCUGGCUGUAUCGUCUACAAGAGACAUUCAUCGCAGCUCUCAAGCGACAAGAACCACCAGCCUUGCUCAUCUUUGCAUACUACGCCCCUUUGAUAGCAAUACUUGAGGAGUGCUGGUUUCUAGAGGGAUGGUCAGAGCAUCUCGUCGAUUCAAUCAAGGCAAUGCUGAGUGACGAGUUGUCUACGUUUAUGGAAUGGCCGACAAACGUGGUGGGAAAGGUAUCAAAGAUCCAUGCUCGCAUUUAG